CUCUUCUGCUUGCCUGGGAAGAUAUAUUAUAUCCUUAAAAGGAGAAAAUGGAUGAAAACAACGCGGCAAAGUUAACCGGGAUCAAGCAAAUUGUGAGACUAAAGGAGAUUCUUCAAAAAUGGCAAACUGUCACAAUAGGUUCAAAGUCAGAUGAUGGCGAGUUGGGAGCUAGAAAGCACACAGCUAUCAUUUCACCGGUUAUCAACAAGAGACUAUUGGAUUUGAAGACUUGUGACUCGGACGAGGAAACUACUUGCCAUAGCCCUGAGUCACCGCCUGAUGUCUUGCUCGAGAAGGCUGAGGAAGAGUAUGGAUUUGAUCACAGCGGUGCGUUAACCAUACCUUGUGAAGUUGAGACUUUCAAGUACUUACUUAAGUGCAUUGAGAACCAUCCUAAAGAUGACACCUCGGCUGGAGAUUUAAUAGAAACGGAAGAGUAAAUAAUAACACAUUACCUAUAUAAAUUCUUCUUUUCCUC